AUGAACGUGUACGGGCUCGGGAAACGUUUCCGGCAGCACAAAGUCAUCAUUGUUGGGCUGGAUAAUGCAGGGAAGACGACCAUUCUUUAUCAAUUCUCCAUGAACGAAGUGGUGCACACCUCCCCCACCAUAGGGAGCAACGUGGAGGAGAUCGUGGUGAACAACACGCGCUUCCUGAUGUGGGACAUCGGCGGGCAGGAGUCUCUGCGCUCUUCCUGGAACACCUACUACACCAACACGGAGUUUGUGAUAGUUGUUGUGGACAGCACAGACAGAGAGAGAAUUUCUGUGACUAAAGAAGAACUGUAUAAGAUGCUAGCACAUGAG